ACGUCGACGAGUGCAAAACUAAGCAGUACACCUGCUCCAAUGACUCCAGCUGUGCGAACAACAAUGGCAGUUAUGCGUGUCCUUGCAAUCCGGGAUUUGGACGGGUGAACGGGGAAUGCAUAGAUGUCGACUAUUGCGCAAUUAUGUACAACGCUUGCCCAUUUAAGGACACCGAGUGUUUCGAUGGUUUUCUUGACUACGAGUGCAAGUGCAAAGCAGGCUUUACCGGCAAUGCAACUGAAUGUGAAGACGUGGACGAGUGUGCGACCGGCUCUCCGCGCUGCCUGGAACCCAACACGGCAUGUAACAACCUUCACGGGCGCUACGAGUGCGCGUGCGUCGACGGUUACGAGAUGAGCGGCCCUAACAUUUGCCUGGAUGUGGACGAAUGCUCCAGAGGAUCAGUGGCCGCCGUGUGCGGAAAUAAUGCACAUACGUGUACGAACACGAUCGGAGGUUACCACUGCGCGUGUGUGGCGGGGUACGUGUGGAACAGCACCGAAUGCUCUGACAUUGACGAAUGCCUUGACGGCAGUGCGGUUCGUCGUGACCCGCAGUGCAUUUGCAGUAACAGCGUCGGCUCCUAUACGUGUACAUGUCAGCCCGGUUAUCAUCUCAGCACGACCAGUACCAGCAGCAGCACUACAGCCACCACCACCAGUAGCAGCACCACCAGGAUCACCGGCAGUAUCAGCAACACUGUGGCCGCCGGCCCUGUUGUUGCCGUGUGUACAGACACAGACGAAUGCCUGACGUCCUGUACAGGCAGAGGCCGAUCAUGUAACAACACCGUGGGCAGUUACACAUGUGUGUGCGCCCACGGAUAUCAGCCAAUAGGCGGCGUGUGUGAGGACAUAAACGAGUGUUUGCAAUCGCCGUGCUCAAAGAACGCGCUGUGUGCCGAUACUACGCCCGGGUUCCUGUGCUCCUGUCACAGGGGCUUCUCGGGAACGGGCAAGGUCUGCAUCAAUACAGAGAAGAAUGUGUGUUCGCCGUUCUAUCGUUUCAACGAAACCACGCAGGACUGCGAGCGCUGCACGACCUGUACAGACUCCACCAGCACUGGCUGCGACCCGUACAACGGUACCUGCCAAUGCAAGCCUCACGCCAUGGGCACCGCAUGCCAGCAUUGCAGCAAUGGUUACUAUCGCCCUAGCAACCACAGCGGUGGCGACGGUACCUGCACGGUGUGUCCCUGCGUUGCGGGGCGUACGACCGCGACAGGCUGCGAUGCUGUCACCUCCCAGUGUCAUUGUCGGCCGCCGUACACCGGCUUUCGCUGCGAGGCCUGCAGCGGAGGUUACUACGACGACGGAAAUGACUGCGUGCGCUGCGGCUGCGACGCGGCGGGCUCCACGAGUGCCGACUGUUCGCUGUCCGCCGCGCCGUUGCUGGCCACGUGCAGCUGUCGCCCGGGUUACAUCGGUGACAAGUGUGACCAGUGCGCUAUAUACUAUCACCGCAGUCGGACCACGCGCGUAUGCACAGCUUGUGAGUGCAACAUGGUCGGUUCUAUCAACGUGAUGUGUAAUCCUAGUGGCGGAGAGUGCUGGUGCAAGGCGGGAUUCAGCGGCAGGAAGUGCGAUACCUGUGCCGACCCAGCGCAUAUCUACACAAGCACUGGUUGCAUACCCAAGCCAUCCUGGCUUAAGACGGGCACUGCAGUACCAUUGUCCGGCCAGAUAACGAUCGAGGCUAUCCCGUUCGGAGACAAGCGCAGAGCCGAAAGCACAGUCUACGUACGGCGCAACGGCAUAAUCACAUUUUCCCGUUUCCAGGGCAACUUUGCCGACCCAGCGCAGCUGCUGGGAACGACGAAGAUAGUGGCUCCGCUGUGGACGGACCUCGACGAAGUCUCGCCGAGCGACGGAUCAGUGACCUACACCAAAUAUGGCAUGAACGACACUGCGGAGCUGGCUCGGCUCGUGAACGACACCACCGUUGUUGGCACGACGAUGCCGGGGUUCCGGCCGACAAGCGCUCUGGUGGUCAGUUGGUUGAACAUGCGUUCCACCAAGCAGCCGUUUAAGCAAAACUCCUUCCAGGUGUCGGUGAUGAGCGAUGGCUGCACAAGCAUUGGCGUGAUGCAGUACCCACCGAACGCCAUCGGCUUUCUCGGCACCAAGGCAAGCGUGGUCGGGGCGUGGCUCGAUCACUAUGACGAUUCGCACACACCACGGCUGCUGAACGGGUCACUGAAUGGCACCGUUGGCGACCCAACCACGCUGGUGUUCAACCUGACGCAAGCCUGCCCGCCUCCUCGAUGUGUCGUGCCCAUGUUAGCCUCAUGGCUGGUGAAUAACCGCACUACCGUUGACGUUCAAUCGUGCCCGCACAAUCAUCACGCAGCCGCAAGUAAUCUCCUCUACAAUCUGUUUGCUCAUCUCGAUAGCAGCGUAGAUGGUUAUGAUUUGGCUAAUGAGACCGACGCGAAUGGUUCGUACGCAGAGAACAAGACCACGGGCACGUCAUGUUACAGGACCAGGCCGAUUAACUCCCUGGCAGAGCCGGACUCUCUGGUGUACACGGUCUGCUGCUAUGACAACGCUGACGACUCACUGAUCACGGCGGGUCCAUAUCGGUACUACGUGAACCUGAUGCAAAACGACUCCCUACACCUGGAGGAAUGUGACCAAGCGGCACAACUGAGCACGUUCUUUGCUGCUCGUCCCUCUCCGAAUGCCAGUGCCGUGGCAACGAAGGCUGUGUAUUUCCAAGCCGCGAUACUCGGCGAUCCGCACAUCGUACUGCCGUCCGGUCUGGAGUUCAACUUCAUGGCUCGCAUCGACUGCGUGCUGGCCGACAUUCACUCGAUGUUUGGUAGUUUGGACUUCACGCUAACGCUGAGCGGCCGUAUGGAGCUGCCGGGGCCUCAGAGUGUGUUUCCAGUACUCCGGAGGGUCCUCAUUGAGAUCUCUGCCGUUUCAGCCAUGUCCUCAUCGGUCCAGGUGGACGAGAGAGUCGAGUGCUACCUGUCCCCGAUGGGUGAUAUGAUGUUCUACAGCAGCAAAGGGACGAGCGACAUCACCGCUGCGAUCAAAUCGAACACGUACAACGACCUGUUCAGUUGGGACGGUGCGCACUUGCAGGUCAGCACUGGGAGAUCGAUGGCUGAAAUCAGCUCAGCCACCGGUCUGUGGCUGGAUGUCAUCACUCUCGUUGAAGUUGAAAGCGCCACCAGCCUUCAGGGACUGUUCACUAUCGACCCUAAGCCUCUGAAGAAGGUCCUGGACAACCCCAAGAAGCUGUAUGAGGUCGUCCUCGCCUACAUUCAGCAGUAUGCCUCUGCAAUAAACAAGUUCAGCACCAGUGCCCCCACCAUCACCACCACACUGAGCGCGGGCAAUGCACCAACCACUGCUCCCAGCAGCAACAGCAGCAGCAACAACAACAACAGCAGCAGCAACACCAACAACAGCAGCAGCAACAGCAGCAACACCAACAACAGCAGCAGCAACAGCAGCAACAGCAGCAACAGCAGCAGCAACAGCAGCAGCAGCAGCAACAGCAGCAACGGUACAACCAGCAUUACCACUGGACCGGCCAACUCCGCAACCACCACUGCUAGCGCACCAGCACAGCACUCCGAUUCAAUCUGGAGUGUGGACAAGAUGCUAUCCGCUUACUCUACUAUUGUCAGCGUGAACUCCACACAAAUGGCCAAGUGUCAGGGAUCCGAUGUGUGUGCCAUGGUCUAUUACUCAACCGCAAACCUAAGUCUGGGUUUGUCGGCCGAGAGUCGACGGCAGGAGGUGAAGGAAUCGCAAGUCAUCCUGGAUUACACCCCGCCGGCGCUGGAGAUCGUUACCGGCCUAUACAUCGACUCGGAGGGUAGAGCUCCACCAGUGACAUUCCGAACAGGCCCCCAGACCGUGGUGAGUGCAAGCGUGCUUGGCUUACCCGCCACAAGCUGGACUCUCCAUCAACCGGCAAACAGAAACGGUGGCUGGCUGCGCAUACUGAACACCAGCUUGAUCGUGCCGGCCGAGUUCACCAUCACGCUCGUCGCCAUGGAUACGCAAGCGCCGGCCGCUCUCUCCGCGCCGACCACCGUGCGUCAUGUGACGAUACGCGACUGCUCGCGGUGCGCAGCGUGCGAUCGUGACGACGUGCCUGCGGAUGUGACCGCCGCCGUCAAGUACCAUGCCACAUGCAGCUUGUGUCCAGCAGGGUAUUCGGGUGCGGACUGCAGCCUGGAUGUGAACGAGUGCCUGUACUUCCCGUGCGGCGAGAAGCGCUCGUGCCACGACAUUGCGCCUCCCGUCAACGGCUACCGAUGCUCGGGCUGCCAGGCUGGCUUCGUCCUGGACGGCUCAACGAACCGGUGCCAGCGCGAGAACGAGUGCCUUAGAGCCCAGGGCGUAGGACGAGGAGUGGGGGCGGUCUGUAACCACACCACCGACGUGUGCGUGGACACGAUCGAUUCCUACCUGUGUCGCUGCAGGGACGGCUUUGUUGCCAAUAGCAACGAUGUUUGUGAAGACGUGGACGAGUGUUCAAACGACAUGCAUUCGUGCAACGCAAACCACUCCGUGUGUUCCAACACGGCCGGUGGUUACGUAUGUUCUUGUCAGUUUGGAUUCACCGGCGCAGGAAAGACAAACGAGGGAGGCUGCAGUGAGGUUGACCAGUGCUUGCUAAGCAGGAUGUGCUCCGACACAGCCGUCUGCACCAAGUACUCGGCGACUUUUUACGGAUGUCUGUGCCCGAAUGGAUACACGGAGACAACCGACCGCAAUUGUGAUGUAUUGCCCGUCAUAACAGCAAACGACAUGGACAUCGCCGUCCUGGAACACAACGACACUGUACUGACGUGCCCCUACACCGGCGUACCUCGCGGUCCCGUCACCUGGACUCUACCCAGCGGUCAACGCCUCUCCUUGCCCGCCAAUCAAACGGUGAUGACAUUGUUUGCUGACUCAGCAGCUACAGGGCUCAACCGUACACAACUCUCUCUUGCAGAACAGGAGCAUGGUCAGGAUAAAAGCAGCAGUACGCUUAGUAUCUAUGACUUCAAACUGUCCGACGCGGGAACAUACGUGUGUCAGGUGUCUAACUCGCGCGGCUCGGCAGUACUGACGUUCAGGCUGACAACCAGGGAACAUGGUGCAGACUCGGGCAAAACCGAAUCGGGCAGCGCUUGGAAGAACGUGAACCUGGUGUACAUCUUUGUGGGACUGGGCGUGCUUGCCUUUGUGGUCACCACUCUAGUGUUCAAACGCAGGAAUCACGGCGUCCGUAAACGACUAUUCGGUCGUGUAUGGAACCCUUCCCAUCCAGGUGCCAGCAGCCACAUAUCCACGUUCGACUCUCUGGUCGUCGACCACCGAGCGCCGUCGGGCAAGAGCAAGGCAAAGAAGGCCAAGAGCAACAGCCUGGUGUCGCUGAACUCAUCCGGCUGUAGUCAUGGCAACGGCGAUGCGGCACCGAAACGCGGCGCAGCAGACCUCCAUCAAGAGGAGUAUGACUACAUGGUCGUGUCGCAUCUGGCAAACCUGCAGCAGCGUUCGGCGACCCGCACGCGCAACAUGUCCAUCGCAACCAACUGCUCCGACCUGUCGGACGACGAGAUGCCCCAGAAUGCCUACGGUAUCAUCGUCCAUCACGAGGAACACGUUGCCGUCGACAGCGGCAGUGAUCAAGGGCAAUGCAAUGCCAGUUGCCUUGGUUACAACAAGACGGCCGACUGUGGUAAUCGGCAGCAGAACGGAGCGCAUCUGAACCUGUAUGGGGAAGCCGGCGGACUGAAGGUCCAGACGUCGGAGCUGAGCUGCAUCACGAACUGCACUGCCACCGGCGUAGCGGUGGACGACAACCACCACCACUACCACAAGGACGCUAGCGGUAACCAUGGCUGCGUCGAAACUGCGGCGACCAGCACCAAUACCAAGCCUGGCGUCGACUUUCAGAAGCCGCCCCGCGGAGAGAGUUCGUUUGUCAACAGCUACAAGACCGGGAACCCCUUCCUGGAUGGUGCAGGUGGCAUGACGGUGGCGGGAAUGGCAAACAAUCACCACCAAGAGCUGAGCAUCUACGCGGGCGUGGACGUCGCACUGGCAUCGGUUGCCGUCAAGAACGCUACUCCCCCCGUCCCCGUCACCGUGGACAAACUCCAAGCGUCACCUGGCAGCACGUCGUCUGCGGACUCCAACGUCUACGACACGACGAACAAUGUGAUGUCGCCGCCGCGUAUGUACUCCACCACUACCAGCUCGAGCGGCUGCAGCGACACCCGACUGGGCGGUUGCUUGUCCGCUGGCAGCCUGGCUCGCCUGGACUUGGUAGCGCCCACGGACAAACUGACCAACAACGGCGGCGGUGGCCGAGUGCACUAUACCACCGACGCUAGCACUCCCGCCGGGUUGGUUGCCAAGGUAACGACACCCGGUGACCUUGACGACUUGACCCACGGGGAGGUGUACAGUGCCGUUGUAGAGGUUGCGGGCCGCAGCCGCACAGCAGCAGCAGCAGCCACAGGGAACACUGCUGGCAUUGACAAUACGGCCAACGCCGCUUGCCACAGUGGACCACGACAAGGCUUGCAGGACGUGUAUAGCAGCGCUCCGGGCACUCCGGCUAACCGUCGACAUGCUGGAACAAGUCGACAGGCCCCUGCUGCUGCCCCGAGGGCACGGUCUUCAAAACGACCACCACAGGCCGGUACCGACUUCAUAGCCCAAGCGUUCAGCAAGCACAGCAACAAGAACAAUGCAGCAGAGACCCUGUACAGCGCUCCCGACACCCCGGCCACGCGCCGUCACGCCAGGGCCAGUCGCCAGGGGUCGGCGGCGUCGACGAAGCUAUCCUCGUCACAGCAAUCAAUACAGGUGGACGGCAAGCAUGUAGCGUACGCUCUCAACAAACACGGUAGCAACCUGCUGAGGAAGAUCAGCUUGCCGACGACGGGCGCGUACAAGCGUGUACGUGAACUCGACGACGACAUCAAUGCACAGGACAACGGCAGGGAUAUCUACAAGAGAGACGCUUGCGAUGGGGAUAAUUACGCUGGGGUUACCUGUGAUGGGGAUACCUAUGAAGGGGCUGCGCGUGAUGGAGAUAAUUACGAAGGAGCUACUGGCGGUAGUGAUAUUUACGACGGAGCUACUGGGGAUAUUUACAAUGGAGCUACUUGCGAUGAGGAUAUCUAUGACGGAGCUACCUGCGACAUUUACGACGGAGCUACUGGGGAUAUUUACGACGGAGCUACUUGCGACGAGGAUAUCUAUGACGGAGCUACCUGCGACCUGUAUCCUGCUGGCUCGGUACGUGUGGCAUGUCACUAUGACAACCGCGUGUGCGAAGAGCUGGAUGAGCUGGAUGCGGCGGCGGCUGCAGCCGGCUUCAUGUCGCCGCAAGCGUACCCGUCAGCGCUCUCUCCCGCGCUGGUGCUAACACCGCUGGAGGUAUCGACACCGAGGAGUGCCGUGACGUCGUUCUGCAACGAGUACGUUCUCGACGAUGGAGACUCGCCACAGUUCGCACAGGUGUCCGGUGCCUCUGGCUCGGACGACGAAGCCGAUAUCUAA